CUUUUUCUCCAUUUUUCAUCUCUCUUCGCUGCUUUACUUAGGGUUUUGCGCCCAUUCGAUCUGAAAAUUCUUUGAUAAUUGCUCAAAACUAUGCUUCUAAAUCAAUUUAUGCAUUUCAUAGGUUCCUCUUUCAACAAUUCUACCUAUUCUCAUUCUAAUCCAUCUAAGUUUGUAUCUAGCUAGUCUGAAAUCGCUAUCUGAAGUUUUUGCUUUUUUUUUUCAUCUUCUCAAGAUUGUCGAAAUGUACUAAAUUUUAUUUUCGUAGAAGUAACUAUUCUUGGGACAUUUUAAUGUAGGUUCUAUUUUUCUUAUUGAUUAGUAAGCAGCAGUUUUUGUAGAUGUUUACCGAUGAAAUUUGUAUGCUUAUUUGUAAUUUUAGGGCCACAAUUUUAGUUCGUGUACACUUGUGGAGAGAAUUUCUUACUUGAUUAUGUAUGGUCCUUUCAAGUCCAUAAAAUAUAUAUUUAAAAACAGAAAACUAAAUGUUUUUCUAUCUGAUUAACAUUUUGAAAUUUAAAAUUUAGCCUCAGAUAGAUUUAGUGAUUUACUCUAUACUAUUGGCAUUGUUGGAUUUGAAACAUUGUCUAUACAUGGCAAUAUUAUUCGUGUAUCAGUUGUUUAAUAGCAGGUGAUUGCAUCCUUUGAUGAUAAACGAGAAGAUUUUUUUGGAGAGCAAUAUCAUUUAGCUGAAGUCGAUGGACAUGAUUCUGAUGAUUCUAAGCAAAAUAAUAGUGAUAUGACUGUGUUUGUACAAAACCUUCUUCAGCAAAUGCAAACCAGAUUUCAAGCUAUGUCUGAGAGCAUUGUUACUAAGAUUGAUGAGAUGGGAAACCGCAUUGAUGUACUCGAACAGAGCAUCAAGGAACUGAAAGCAGAAAUGGAACCCGAGGAUUCUCCCUCACCAGCGCCAUCAUCUAACUCUAAGCCAGAUGAGGGCAAACCAGACGAAACUACUGAAUAAUGUAUUAAUGUCUAUUAUGUUGCCUACCUCUUAGCUCCUCAUAUUUAGAGAUCUAUAUUUAGAAGCUUUUUCUCAUUUGUGCUUCACUGGAGGUUUACUGCAUUGAGAUAAUAGAUGAACCGCAUAUAGUUGUUGAUACUUUUUCUUGACUUGCAUUUGAGUGAGAAUGUGGCAGUGCUGGCGUUUGUUUACGACAACGGAGUUAGCAAACAUUGUUGAUAUUUUUAAUCCCUGAUAAUUGGAGUAUAUGCUAUGGCUUUCAGUAGCUUUUUUUGUCUUGAAUAUUUAGGCAUGUGAAGUUAGCGAAGAUGCUCUUGCAUCGGCUAAAGUCAUACCAGUUUUAUUUUCGUCUUCUCCUUAUGUUCUAGUCAAACUACUCAAAUUGGUGUAUUCUGCAAACAUAAACCGUAAUGAAGUUUAUAGCAGACUAGUCACAGUUGGUACUUGUAGAAGAAAUUCAUUGUAUUAAAAUUCGACUUUUCAGAAGACGUUGGGAGCUCAACGAAACAAUCCAUGAGAAUGAUGGUGGUUGUUAGUUACCUUUUUGCAUCCUAAUUAGUUAUAAUUAGUUUCUUUGUCUUUUUAAGUUUGCUAUUGAAAGUGACAUUAACUUUUAUAAUGUCAUAGAAAAUGUCAUU